AUGCAGGGUCGAGUAGGUGACGGCCCUGGAGGAGUUAGUGCUUGUUUCGUCGGUGGGCUUCUGUCCAUGCCCGUGCCGUCAACCCGUCUGUCGUUCCGUUACACGGGGGAUCGACCCCGUUCAGCUGGGCAGACGCGCACCACCACUCAGACCGGCAGUGAGGCGGAUGAGGAGGAGGAGGAUAACGAUGAGGGGGAGAAUGAGGAGGAGGAGCAGGACGAGGAGGGGAGCGGUGAUGGUAGUGAGCCGGGGUGGACACCCGAGAUGCAUGGCGGUGGUGGGGACGGGGGAGGAGAUGAAGAUGAGGAGAUGGAAGGGUUAGAGCCGGAGGGGGUGGAGGAGGGGGUUGGUGAAGGAGGAGGGGUUGCCGCGGCUGCCGCAGAGGAGGCCUCUCAGCACGUGGGUAGAGGACGGGUGCGUGGCGGUGGCGGUGUUAAGGUUGGUCGAAAGAGGCCGUUAGUUGGGAACAGGAAGAAGAAACCCGAGAAGUUGCGGACACGAGCGUAUUCUUGCACAUUUAGAGGGGUGGAUUUGGGCGAGGGAGUGGUUGCUCCAGAGUUCAUUGACGAGGAGGGAGAUGCCGAGAGUAGCAGGGGGAGUGGCAAGGGGAGGAAGAAGCGGGGGUGGCAAGUUCAAAUGUUUGGGCCUAAGGGGACUGACGACAAGCGGCAAUGCAAGAUUUGCACAGAUCGAAUUUCCUGGAGGGGAUCUACACCUACACCAGGCGAGCGGCACUUCGAGAGCUACCACACUGCUCAUAUGGAUUUUCGCGAGCUUCUGACCCUGUGCAACCACCACUGCGGGCAGAAGGGCUUCAUACCUUCGCGCUGGACAGUGGCACGCGACAUUGUGGCGUUUAGUGCGGCCGCUCUGCAUGCUGCCAAGGCGGAGCUGCUGGGGAAGGAGGGGGAGUUGGGAUGCAAGGUGUCAUACACCAUUGACAUCUGGACUACACCCAAUGGGAAGGCUUGGUUAGUUGUGACAGGUCACUGGAUUGACGAGACGUUUCAGCUACGCGAGGCAGUGCUGGAGUUUCGCGAGCUGACGGGACGUCAUGGAGCGGUGCAGAUUGCGCAGGUCGUGGAGGACACGGUGGUGAUGUUGGGGUUGGAGGGGCGUUGUCUGGGCCUCACCACAGACAACGCCUCGGCCAACAUAGCCGCGUACCGGAGGCUGAACGAGGAGGGUGGAGGUCGGGCUUUCUUCAACUCCCGCCAGCACUACAGGUGCUUGUCACAUGUGGUUAACCUGGCAGUGCAGGCAGGACUGAAGGUGGAUGCCAUUCGCGCCUUGUUGAAGGUGCUCAGAGACAUGGCGUCCUGGAUUGGGUACUCGCCGCAGCGCUCGGCGGCGUUUCUUGGACUUCAGCGCGGCUUGAACCAGCAGGCCCGUGUCAAAAAACAACCCUUGAAGCUGGUGCAGGACAGUCCAACCCGCUGGGGUUCGACUCAUGCCAUGAUCGACCGCUUCCUUGAGCUGGAGAAUCCGAUCACUGUGUUCCUGGCCUCCACCCAGGGCUUGGCAAAGGAGGACAAGGAGAAGGUGGAGAAGAUGCGCCUUUCAGAUGAGCAGUGGGGGAUGUUGAAGGAGCUGAGGGCCUUUCUCAGCCCCUUCGCCAAGGUCUCCAAGGAAGCCGAGGGGACGGCGUACCCGACGCUGUCGAUGGUGGUGCCGUACUACAACGGCCUCAUCGACGCCAUGGAGGCCCGACUAGCGAAGGGGCCCUCGGCGCUGUUGAAGCCUCGUCGAAAAGGCGCUGAAAAUCAUGAAGAAGUACGCCUACAUCAGCAGCAACGAGGGCUGGAUUGCCACCUUCCUGGAUCCAUCCAUGAAGGCGGCGUGGUUCGACGACGCCCACUGGGAGACGCAGCAUCCAUCGACGGAGCCGAGGGAGAGGCCGCGCCCAGCGUCGGAUCAUGGUAUGGAUCGCACCCUGGCCAGAGGAUCGGCGAGGGCCGCCGCAUGAAAGGGGUCGCAGCACUGGAGAUCGCUAUUGAGGGCGAGGGUGCGGAGGAGGAGGAGGAGGAGGAGGAGGAGGAGGAGGAGGAGGAGGAGGAGGCGGAGGGGGAGGAGGUGGAGGGGGGGGCGGGGGAGGAGGUGGAGGGGGGGGCGGCGGAGGAUGUGGAGGAGGAGGCGGCGUGGGGGAGAGGGGCGGACGCAGUAGCAGGUGGCACGGAUGAUGGUGGUGUUGGUGGGGGGGGUGGGACAGGGAUGUAG